AUGAAGCAGAGUAGAGAUGAAUCUGAAAGGCGAACAAAAUCUACUCGAAGCGAAACAAAUGUCCGCAUUUCUAUUAAGCAAAAUAGCCCAUUUGUGACGGAAUCAAUAAAUACAAAAAUAUAUCAAGACGCGCCAAACGAAAAUGACGUUUACAACAUAAUAAUUCAUCAUAAGCGAACACAUCAAAACGAAAUUGAACAAAUUGAUCAAGAGAAACCAGAAUUUAAUUUCCAAUCUACCAAAUCUGAGCAAAAUAAUACAAAUUUAACUUCAAAAUACAAAACUAAACACCAAAAACAAGACAAUUCUUUAACAACAAGCAAUUCGAAUUCCGAUGCACGUUUAAAAAUUCUUCCUACUGAUUUUCAAAAUUUAUUAGAUUCACUUGCCUCAAAUAUAUUAGAAACAUACGAUCCAGAUAUAAUCGAUGAUGCACGUACAACUUCAUAUUUUUUGAUAAAUAGUCAAACAAUAAAUAAAAAACCACAAAACUUUGAUUAUUGGGCUAAGAAAUGGAAAAAUUCUAUUAGUCCAGACUACAUACACAGCUUGUCUCAAAUGAAGAAAGUUUUCGGCGAUCAAAAACUUGCAAUUUUUGAUUUAUUAAACUCUUUAUCAUCAUCUAACUUACAUAUUGUCUCCACAAUCAAACCAAAUACAAUUAGAAAGACAAUUGUUCAUAUUAAAGAGCCAAUUCCUGACAUGAUUUUAGUUCAGGAAUUAAAGAAACUUCUUUUAGGCGAUGAAAGCAAAAUCUUACUAACAAAUGAUGAUGGCAAGAUUACAUGCGAAAAAUAUACAAUUCCUCAUCAAAAUUCCUCAUUAAAUUAUGUUUCAAGAAUAAUUAAGAUAGUUAACCAAAUCAGAACAUCAAACGAAUCAUUUACAGGUAGUAUCGGACGAAAUAUGCUCGAUGUCAUUGAAAAAGAGUUUAAACCAAUAGUUGAACAAAUUGAAAAUAUUGAUACAAACAAAACAUCAUUACUUUCAUUAGAAACACAACUUACAGGUACCAUAUUUGAGAAACUUCAAGCUCUUGCUAUCAUUUGCUAUGCAAUUUCUUCAAAAUUCCGUCCUUCUCUUUUAAAUACAAUUUCUUAUUGUCAAAAACACGGAAGUCCGCAAAUUCUAUCAUUUGGAUCACAAUUGAUAGAUGCAGGCAUUGAAAGUCUACUUGUUUACAUCAGAGAUUGGACAGUUUUCGGAGUUUUGAAAGAUCCAGAAAAUGAAUUUUUUGUAACUAAACAUUCCGGGAAAUUAAGUUCACAGGAUUGGUGGUCGAACAAAUAUACACGUGUCCAAGAGAAAAUUCCUGUUUUUCUCAACGAAAACAGCAUAAUUAGAAAGAUUUUAAAUGCCGGACGCGCAAGGAACUUUGUUAUCAAGUACAAAGAUAGUUGCAUGAAGUAUGUAGACAAUUUCGGGUCGACAGCACCAUUUGCCAUUAAUUUUACUUCACAAAAAUCAAAAGAAGAAAUUAAUAACGAAUGGGUUGGUCCUCCUUUUGAAUUAUCGAUGGUUCCUUUAUUCUAUAAAGAUGCUGUUAACUCAAUGCGUUACAUGACAUUAGAUAUUGUCUGGAUUCCAGGUCAUUUACGAACUCUUGUUGAUUUUAUUCUUUUUGGUCGCGGAGAUUUCGCAAAAGCUUUGUUCACAAACUUUGAUGAAGCAGAAGAUGGAGAUGCAGCUGCUUUAUUCGUCCACGCAAUGAAGGAUUCAACUCCAAUGGCAACAACUUACAUAAAUCCAAUUACAAGGGAGCCAUUGCAUGACAGAGUUGAUCUCAAAGAGAAAUGGACACAACAGCCAACAGUUGAUGAAGUUAAAUUGGUUUAUUUGACAAAUGCGCCAAUUGAUAUCUUCUUAACUCAAGAAGUAUUGCGUAGAUAUUACUCUGUGAGUGAUUUCAUCUGGAAACUUAAAGUUUCUGAGUUUAGAUUAGGCAACGAUUGGCAUAAUUCAAGAAAACUUGAAUUAUUAGAAUUAAUUGGAUUCGAACAUUCAACUUAUCGCUUGAUGAACGCAACAAGACAAUUUAUGCUUGCAACAGUAACAAGUUUAGUCGAAUAUUUAUGCACAGACAUAAUUAUGUGCAAUUUCACAAAAAUGACUACGAAAAUGAAAAGUUCAGAAGAUUUUGAUGAUAUGCUGAAGUUACAUACAGAUUAUCUUGAUUAUAUCUGCGAAAAUAGCUUCCAAACACAGAAACAUUUUAAUAUAUUGAAAAUUGUAAAUUCAAUUGUUGAAUAUGUUUCAAUUUUCCAUGAUUUAAUGGCUGAAAUAGAAGGAAGCUACCAAGCAGUUAUCAAAUACUCUCAAAAGAAGAAAAGAUGGACAAAGAAAGAUCAUCCUUUCAUACAGAAACAGCAAGAAUCAUUUGCUGAUAUCAGUAAUCGUCUUUCGAAGCUUUAUGAAGACUUUGUUGCUCUUUUAAGAAAGUUUUACAUCUUAAUUCAAGAUGAAAAAGUUCAAGAGAUGCAAUUCUUAGAAAUGAGAUUGAGAAGAAUCUGUAUCAAUAUCCUUUAA